AUGAAGGUAACAUUUGGAGCUGUGGUGAUCACAGCGGGGAUCUGCGGUCUGCUGAGCUUCGCCUCCUUGGCGACCUCCCUCGGAACCGAUUACUGGUUCAUCAUAGAGACCAAGAACAUGAGCGACUUUGAGGACAUGAGCUCCCACUCGGGGCUGUGGAGCAUCAACGAAGGAGGGAAGACGCACGCGGACUCCAUCGAUUCCUUUGCUGCCGAUUCCUCCACAUACUCGGAUUCCGAGCUGCGCAUGCUCAACAUGCACGGAGCCAUAGUGGUUCUGCUUCCCCUCAGCCUGGUCCUGCUGCUCUUUGGUGGGAUCUGUGGACUGGUAAGCUCCCUGGCCAGAAGCCCGGUCUUCCUUACCGCCACAGCCUCUUACUUCUUCAUCUGCAGUUUUCUGACUCUUUGCGGUGCAAGCCUCUACAUCAUCUACUCCUACCAGGCCCUGGAUGAGACUGAGAGGCUGGUGGGACCGGAAGGUUUGGCCUACAUCCACACCUCUUUCGGCUGGUCUCUGGGUCUGGCCUGGCUGUCCUACGGUCUGGAGGUCAUCACCGGAGCGCUGAUGCUCACAGCUGCUCGAAUGGUCAAGCUGCGGCAAAGAGGACCCACUACGGCCUGA